AUGCCCUGCAAAUCCAAAAGACAGCUGAUAGUGAACAAUACAUUUAAGUUGGACACACAUCCAGUCCAGGCAACAUCAGUCAAUGACGAACAGACACGCAAGAAACAUGAGCUGGAUGUUGCAGUAGGAAAGGCAAGAAUUGGGGUCAGCAGGAUCAAUAUUCUGGAGAUCGCAAAUGAGUUGCGUUUCGGCACUUAUAAUGACAGGCCCCAGAAUUCGAGUGAGGUCAACAAGAUGAUCACAUUGUUCGAGAAGCACGGAUGGCAGUGGUACAAGGAGAGCAAUGCACUAGCGAUUGUCAUUGAACCGAGCCAUCUGUGCCCUGGACAGAAGUUGGAUGGGAACUGGAGUGAACCAGAGAGUUUGGAGGAGGUGAAGUUUGUGGAUAGGAAGCCGCUGAUACUUGCCUAUGGGCAGUACCAUGUUGCCGCACUGAAAAAGAUGGCACAGACGUUAAUCAAUGAAGAAGCCAUGCUGGAGAAGUGGAUGGCACGCAUCAAGGCGAUGAAGGAUCCGAGCAAUGAUUCAGUGGCAGAGCACAAGGAGCGCCGAACAUGUCUUGCUGCAGUGAAAGGCGAACUCCAAGAUCUUGGAAACUGGGCCGUUGUCCUAUAUGACAAAGUGGCGAGGUUGCACAUCCAGAACUGGAUCUGGAUGCGCAAAGAUAUACAACCCCAGAUGUGGAGACGAUGGGUGAUAUAUGAUGCUGAUAACUUACUAGAUGUCAUCGACGGCGGCAAAGCUGGACUUGGCUCGCAUUUGAGUCAAAAUCAAAUCUUGCACAUCUACGCUGAGAUGCAGGAGGAGGAACUUGUGUUGAAGUUGCGUGACUUUUAUGAUGUCUACCUGGAGGAGGGAGAAGAAGCUGCCCUCGAGCUGAUUUAA